CUGCUAGCCGGUGAUGAUUCUGCUGCUUACAUUGCCAUCUCGGCUAUCGUAGCCGUCCUCAGCUUCUUCUACUGGCAACUUGACUACUGGAAACGUCGUGGAAUCCCCGGUCCACCAGGAACGCUUUUCUUGGGAAACAUGUAUGAUCUCAAUGAUGUAAAGAAGCCGCUUGCCUUUGUGUUACAAGAAUGGACUAAGACGUACGGCGCAGUCUACGGUAUUCAAGAGGGACUGAGACGAACCGAUGUUGGAAUGAUUCGCGAUUUAUUCAUGAAACAAUACGACUACUUUUACGGCCGUAAGAAUCAUGUCAUCGGCGGUGAUGUGGAAAAUGAUCCCCGAGUACAUGUCUUUGAGGCGCAAGGUGUACGAUGGAAGCGUCUUAGAACUAUUUCCACUCCAGCUUUCUCGGCUGCUUCCUUGAAAAAGGUAAGUUUGGAAGCAAAAGGUGAUGUA